AUGACUUUUGAACUGAGCAGGAUCCGACGUGUAAAAUGCGAUGAGGCUAGACCCAACUGUCGCCGUUGCAUGUCCACCGGCCGACGGUGCGAUGGCUACCUUCCUGUGGAUAUCGCGUUGUCUCGCCGUGCAUUAGUUGAUAUUGCUAAGCAUCUCGGUACCUCAAUUAUAGAACAUGUCAGGCUACUACAGCAACGAAAACAAGCAUCAGUACCAAUGGUGCUCACGCGGUCCUUGUCGCAAGCUCCAGCAGCUCUUGCUCUAACUCCAACCUGUUCGGGAGAUGAAAGAUCUCGUCUGUCACUGGAAUACCAUCUAUUCGACGUUUUCCGCUCCCGGACUAUCCCGUCAGCCACUUUGCUUGCACCAUCACAAUUCUGGACACAGUUGGUUCUCAAAUUGACGCAUAAUGAACCGGCUAUAUGGCAGGCAUGCCUUACGCUGGCUUCUCUGCAGCAGGCUUGGCACAUGGCGGAGAGCAAUGGCGGUAGUGCUAGAGAACGACUUCACACAUCACGACAAGGCAAGCUUAGGGGCGUCUCUGAGGUGCACUACCAUCAAGCUAUCUCCCUAGCCAAGACAGUGUCUCACCCAUCAUCACUGCUGGUGCUUAGUAUCUUGUUAGGUGCUGCCGCUGGUGGGCUGGGCAGAACUCAAGAUGCCAGAAUGCAUGUCAUAGCCGGUAGGAAGCUAUUCGUGGGAGUAGACCAGUCUCAUGAGAUGGCGCGCGCUGCUGAUGUGCUGGUCCGACUCGAUCUCGACCGGUUAUCAGUCAUGGAUAUGGCUGCACCAUAUACUCGAGAGGAUGUAGCGGCGCUUCGCCAUUGUGAUGGCCAACAAGAUCUAUUUGAAAGAGGUUUCGAUACGUACGGCCAAGCUUUUGAAGGCAUUUACGCCCUCACCAGGGUUUUGAUGGUCAAUUACUACCAGCUGUGGGCAUCUUUUCUUGUUAAAGAAAACAAAUUCGGUGACGCUUUGCGCGCUUGGGAAUAUGGAAUGGCUCGAUUCGAAACACAGCUUCACAUCCAAUCACGGGAAACGAAACCGUGCGCAGCUGGAACUGAGCGUGAGAAUAUGAUCUAUGCACUUUCAAUUCGUAUCUACCAUACGUUCCUUUACAUCAUGCUCCACCGGCUCCGCGAGCCGAUUCCAGAAACGAGAUUUGAUCAGGAUCUAGCCUUGUUUGAGCGCGUCAUUCUUCUGAGCGAAGAUCUGUGCCGCCGAGCAGCCUCGGAUCUAGUAUCAGUGUCUAUAGAUCCUGGCUUGAUCAUGGUGUUGUAUAUGGCUGGGUCAAAAUGUAGACACUCUCGUCUGAGAAGAAAGUGUGUGUGGAUGCUACAGAAACUCAAAAGACGUGAAGGAGUUUGGAGAAGUGAUGCAGCUGCUGGACUGUUGCUGAAAAUUAUCGAAGUGGAGGAGCAGCUGCAUGUACAUCUUGGAAACAUCGGGCACAACCAGCAGUUUUCACCACCAACACAAACAGAGAUGACAUAUUUGCAGAGCGCAAUGAAAGUCUCUUGGAACGCCUGGACAAGGUCCAGUUUUCAACUACAAGCGUGGGAAAAUUGGGAUCAAGUUGAUGUGAUACCAGAACAUUGCCGGGUGCAAAACACGGAUGUGGCGGUAUUCGAGGAAGACGGUUACCUGUCUGCGACUCUUCAUGUUGCAGGUUCAAUGCAAAAUCAGCGUAAAGUCGUUGUUCGCUUUUAA